GGCUUCAAAUCGUUCCCGUCGGACUGCUCCACUCUUUUUUUUAUUUUUUUGUGUGUUUUGUUUUUGGGGACUGGACUAACGCGGUAGCUAGGAUCUUGAAGACAAAAGAGGCAAACCAACGAUGUGUUCCGGUGCCAGAAGAAGAAGUCGGGCGUAAAUUGGAAAAAGAAAAGGGGGGGGGGGGGGGGGGGAAAGUGUCUUUCCUACUGCAGACGUGCACGCCCGGAGAUACACGCGCGUCACACCGGUCCUUGGAGACUCCGGCGCUGCGCAGCUUGCAAGUUGCAUCGCGAUUGGCUCCCUCCCUCCCUCCUAAGCUCCCUCCCUUUGUCCCUCUCUUUAUCCUCUGUGUACGGCCGAGGAAGAGCAGGCAUGCUCGCCCGGGCCACGGCGUCUCCGAGGCAGCGUGAAACUUGACUCCCGCACCCUGAGGUGGCAGUGUUCGCAGCGUCCCCGCGCGCUCUCCGUGGUCCUGAAAGUGGAAAGUAGCCGUGCCGAUCAACUAGUGAGGAGGCGUGGGGCGCUUUGAGCACACUUCGCCGGUGUCUCGCGGGCUGCGUGGUCGCCAGGAGUCGUGCGAAGAAUCAUGCCGUGGAUGAAGUGGAGGAUGACGCUGGACUCCCUGUGUGGACGGACGAGGAGGCUGCACUGCUUCUUCUGGAUCAUCCUGCUGUUCGCUGCCGGAAGUCUGUUUCUCUUCAUCCAAAAGCUAGACCAGUCAGAAAUGGUGCCCCGACAAGGAGCUGAUAUGAAGCUCGGUGAGACUGUGCAGCAGGCCAGGGAGGACAAAGAGCACGGCAAAUCAAAAGGUUAUCAGGAGCACCAUGUGCCUGACGUCAUCGUACCAAGUCCAAUCUCCCCCAUGCAGUUUCCGAAGUUCUGGAAGAGUCAACAGCUGGUCUCAGGUGGAUCCCAGGAACAGGACUUGGGCUCCCAGCGCGUCUCCAAGAGGCACCGCAAGCUCCUGAAAACAAGUCCUCCCAACCAGCACACCAACAACUCUUCCUUUUCUUCAUUGUCAGGAUUGUUUCCCCUCCAUCGCUGGAGGAAGUUCUCCAGCAUCAUGGAGCAACGUCGGCAGCUCACCAAGAACAUGUGCGCCAAGUAUAAGAGCAACAUCUCCAAGACCAUCACGUGGCACCACAUGAACAGCUUCUACGUUGAGGACAAGCACAAGCUCCUCUACUGCGAGGUGCCCAAGGCAGGCUGCUCCAACUGGAAGCGGACCCUGAUGGUGCUGGCAGGCAAAGCGUGGGACCCCCGGAACAUCAGCCACGACACCGUCCACUACCACAACCACUUGAAGACCCUGAACAGCUUCGACCAGCAGGGCAUCAUGCAGCGUCUGGGCAGCUACACCAAAGUCAUGUUCGUGCGAGAGCCUCUGGAGAGGGCAGUGUCGGCCUACAGGGACAAGUUUGAGAACCCCAACAAAUACUACCACAAUUUAUUUGGAAAGCCCAUCAUCUCCAAGUACAGGCCCAACGCCUCCAGGUCGGCCUUGGAGUCGGGCAACGGCGUCACCUUCCAGGAGUUCGUCCAUUACCUGCUCGACGUGCACCGGCCCGUGGGCAUGGACAUUCACUGGGAGGCGGCCAACCAGCUGUGCAACCCGUGCCACAUAGACUACGACUUCAUCGGCAAGUUCGAGAACAUGGCGGAGGAGUCCAACCUGCUGCUGCGCUUGGUCAGGGCACCACACAACCUCACGCUGCCCAACUUCAAGGACCGGAAUUCGGCUGACAAGAAGACGACGUUGCAGAUCACGCAGAAGUACUUUGCGCAGCUGGGCAAAUUGGAGCGGCAGCGGAUGUACGACUUCUACUACAUGGACUAUCUCAUGUUUAACUACUCCAAACCUUUUCAAGAUCUGUACUGACGGACUCCCGUCGACACUUGCUGCUGCCACUUCUGCAGCUAUUCCACAUUACAGUCAUCUAAUUAAUGGAGUUUGGUUUGUUUGUUUUUAAAAUCUUUGUACCGGAUUACAAGAUGCAAAACUGUGCAUAAUGCUGCAUUAGGUUUGUGGCUACCACUUGACAAUAAGCAUACCCUUCUAAAGGGUUUAUAAAUGAUUUCAUUAGAUUGCUUAUGACCAAGUUUGUUCAUGCUUUCUACAGCCAAAGUUGCUAUAAAUAAUCAUAAGUGUGGCAGAAGACAAGUAUAAAUUAUAUUUAAAUUUUGUUUUACAAAAUUUAAAUAUAUAUAUAUACAGUAUACCUAUGAGUUGACAAAUUUAACAAUUCUAAUACCGUUAGAUGUGUUGCAAAAACCUACAACAGUGAAUAGACUGCGUUCUGGGCAGCUAUUCAAAAGCUGUUUUCUUCUUUAUGUCAAGUCAAGUUUAUUUGUAUAGCCCUUCAUCAUAAAAAUCAGCAACAUCCCUUGACACCCCCCCCCCCCCCCCCCCCCCCACACACACACACACUACCACCUCAACCAAUGUCAAAGUUGUGCAUCCGUCACUCAUGUACAGCUGACAUCAAUGAGAAAACCGCUUUACAAUAGCUGUCCACCGAAGUCACGAAUGCGCAACUUUGACAUCGAGACUCAUGCAUAUAGAAGAAAACAGUUUUGGAACCGCUGCCCACUCUAGUCACUAAUUUGAAACUUUAGCUGUCCACUGUAGUAACUAACAUCGAGACUCAUACAUGUAUCAGAAAACAACGUUGGAAUAGCUGCCCACUGUAGUCCCAUGCAACUUUGACAUCAAUACGAGUCACGCUCUGUAGUAAGUAGAUUAUAACUGGAUUUUACAAAUUUUCAAAUGAAACUAAAACCAUUCAUAUGCCUUUUAAAUGGGUAAUCCCUUAUUGUAAAAUGGUGCCUGUUUGUGACGUUGUUAAAAGUACUAUCAACUGUCCUUAAAUGCAAUAUAUAUAUAUAUAUAUAUAUAUAUAUAUAUAUAUAAUUAUUAUUAUCGACUACCACAGGCCGAGGUAGUUUUGGAAUUAUAAAUGUUUAUGCUUCUUUUAAAGGAAAACAACAAUAAAAACUUGUAUAAUGGCGUUCAACAGGCUUUAAAUGAGGUUUUGCUCUAAGUCGAAUAGUAACAGGAAAUGCCUUUCCACCAGUUGCGUUGGCUACUUGACUUAAAGCACCUCCGGCAUCGGAAUACCUCUAUGUAUCAGUGCGUACGAAUACACAUAUUUGAUGUACAUGGUUUUGCUAAUUAUAAACAGUCACAAAUUGGACUACAUUUGAAUCCCAUUGCCCACUCUCUCAAAUAUGUACAGUGCUGCCCACUCUGGAGCCGUGUGCAGUUAUGGUAGCAUUUUUGUACUUUUAUGGUCUUCUAGGUUUGUGCUUUGAAAUACUACUUGUCACUUGGAGGUAUUUACUUGGGCAUCCAGGUAUUUACAGGGUACACCGUGUUGCUGCCUGUUUGUGGUACAGACUUUCCAAAGUGUUUUGAUAGCAGCAACGCAAAUAACUUUGUAUUUAAUAAAACUAAACAGAUUUGGUCCUUUGACAAUCUAAAAAUGUAUAGUGAGCACAUUAAGAGAGCAAAAAUACGAGAAUUUAGUAGAAUAUUGUGCAAAAGGUUCUCCAUUUUAUUCAAAUUUAUAUUUUAAUAAUUGUAUUAAUUUUUAAAUCUGAUAUUUAAACUGAAUCUUUAUCAUUUCAUUUACUGUGAUUGUUGAUUACUACGAUUAAUACGAUUGUUUCUUUUUCCAAGCGACAUGAUUUUUAUUUUUUUUUCUUGUUGUGCAGCUUUUUCUAGGCGGAAUUUGUAGAGAACAAUCGCCCCACUGGCCCAAAAAAUAUGUCAGCUUAAUAUAUAAUAUAGAAUAUUAUAAAAAUAAAAUAAAAUAAAAAGGACAUACAUACACAUUUUGUUUUCAGAGUCCAUUGCUGUUUAUUCCACACAUUGUAAUGAAUGCAAACCUCAAAAUUAAAAAAAAUUAAAACAAUAAAAAAAUACAUAAAUAAAUAAAAGUGUAACUGUUUUCAAGCACCUUAACUGUCUAAUUAUGUGCAGUGUAACAUGUUUCUUUUUAAAAUAUUCAACAUUGCUAUUAAUGCAAUUUUUUCAUUCAUUCAUUUGUCCCGUGAUGCCCCCUCCAUCCUGGAAUUGCUCUACGCCGCCCAUGGUGGGCGCACCCCCCACUUUGGGAACCACUGGCUUAAAGUACUCCGGCAUAGUAUGUGUGUGUUUAAAAAAAAAAUUAAAAUAACGUUUACGUGACAUGGCGAGCGAUCCCGGCAGAUAGAAGUGUAAGUGUGCUGUAAAAACAUCGACGAUACUGAUUGUAAUUGGACUGUUAUCUUAUUUUUCCUCUCACCGCUACUAAGGCGGAGUUCACUUGUGUUUUUCCUCCGAGGGGGUAAGGCGGCAUCGCUCACUGCGGGCUGGGGGGAAAAGUUUGAAGUGAAGUAGAGCUAGCAGGCUAGCUAGCUGGCAAGCUGCCACCUUAAGGAAAGCACAAGCAAGUGAUCCACCAUUCUGUCAGUUUGUGGGCUGGCCAUCGCUUGCUAAGCACGGUGGUGUGGUCCGAGGCAAACCCAGUCGAAUAGGGCCUUUCACAUCCACAUGAACUCAAGUAUUGUACUCCAUUUUUGACAAACAAUGGGUGAGUACUGUAUGUCAUUUAGGCCAAAUUGUUCCUGCUUUUUAAAUCUGUCAUAAUUAUCUGAUGGCAUAAGUUAGGCUAUAUAACUGUUUUUAUGUUCUCCCCCUGUCCGGUAAUUAAUAUUUACCUCCCAAAUGUUUUAUAUUAAUGUUUAUUAUCCACUAAAAAGUGUGAAUUUGAGAACAUUCUCAGAUUUCCUGAGCUCAAUAAAGUCCAUCCUUCCAUCCAUUUUCUACCGCUUAUCAGAGGUCGGGUCGCGGGGGCAGUAGCUUUAACAGGAAUGCCCAGACUUCCCUCUCUCCAGCUACUUCAUCCAGCUCUUCCGGAGGGAUCCCAAGGUGUUCCUAGGUCAGCCGAAAGACAUGGUCUUUCCAGCAUGUCCUGGGUCGUCCCUGGGGUCUCCUCCCGGUGGGACGUGCCUGGAAAACCUCACCAGGGAGGUGUCCGGGAGACCCCAGACUCUGCUUCCUCAUGGGAAGGCUUGUCGGUGGAAUUGAGGAGGUCUUCAAAGUAUUCUCUCCACUGACUCACAACGUCCCGAGUUGACUUCAUUUGCGCCCCAUCCCCACGAUACACACUGUUGAUGGUGUACUGCUUCCCACUUCUGAGAGACCGGAUGGUGGACCAGAAUUUCCUUGAAGCCGUCUGGAAGUCUUUCUCCAUGGCCGCAAUUAAUUCCUCCCACGGCCGAAUGUUUGCCUCAGCGACCACCAAAGCUGCGUUUCGCUUUGCCAGCCGGUACCCAUCAGCUGCCUCAGGUGUCCCACAGGCUAAAAAGGCCCAAUAGGACUCCUUCUUCAGCUUGACGCCAUCCCUCACCACUGGUGUCCACCAACGGGUUCGGGGGUUGCCAACACGACAGGCACCGACCAACUUACAGCCACAGCGCCGGUCAGCCACCUCGGCAAUGGAGGCGCGGAACAUGGUCCACUCGGACUCAAUGUCCCUUACCUCUCGCGGGACGUGGGAGAAGUUCUGCCAGGCCAGAGGUGGGAGUUGAAACUCCUUCUGACAGGGGUUUCUGCCAGACAUUCCCAGCAAACCCUCACAAUACGGUUGGGCCUGCCAGGUCAGACUGGCGUCUUCCCCCACAAUCGGAGCCAACUCACCACCAAGUGGUGAUCAGUUGACAGCUCCGCCCCACUCUUCACCUGAGUGUCCAAGACAUGCGGCCGCAAGUCUGACAACACGAACACAAAGUCGAUCAUCGAACUUUGGCCUAGGGUAGCCUGGUGCCAAGUGCACAUAUGCACACCCUUAUGCUUGAACUUUGUGUUCGUUAUGGACAAUUCUUGAUGAGCACAGAAGUCCAAUAACAGAACACCGCUCGGGUUCUGAUCGGGGGGGCCAUUUCUCCCAAUCACGCCCUAACAGGUCUCAGUGUUAUUGCCCACGUGAGCAUUGAAGUCCCCCAGCAAAACGAUGGACUACCAGCGGGGGCGCUCUCCAGCACCCCCUCUAAGGACUCCAAAAACGGUGGGUACUCUGAACUGCAUAGGCACAAACAACAAUCAGGACCCAUUCCCCCACCUGAAGGCGGAGAGAGGCUACCCUCUUGUCCACUGUGGUGAAUUCCAGUGUACAUGCGCAGAGCCGGAGUGCAAUAAAUAUACCCACCCCUGCCCGGCGCCUCUCACAGUGGGCAACUCCAGAGUGGAAGAGAGUCUAACCCCUCUCGAGAGGACUGGUACCAGAGCCCAAGCUGUGUAUGGAGGCGAGCCCAACUAUGUCUAGUCAGAACUUCUCAACCUCACACACCAGCUCGGGCUCCUUCCCUGCCAGAGAGGUGACAUUCCACGUACCUAGAGCCAGCUUCUGUAGCCGGAGAUCGGAUCGACAAGGUCCUCGCCUUCGGCCACCGCCCAGCUCACACUGCACCCGACCCCUAUGGCCCCUCCCAUAGAUGGUGAGCCCAAGGGAAGAGGGACUCACAUUACCCUUUAGGGCUGUGCCAGCAGGACCCCAUGGGUGCAGGCCCGACCUCCAGGCGCUCCACUUCGAGCCCCACCUCCAGGCCUGGCUCCAGAGGGGGGGCUCUGGUCACCCGCGUCCAGGCAAGGGAAACCUAGAUCCAUUUAUUUUAUUCGUCAUAGGGGGGCCUUUUUUGUCUGGUCCCUCACCUAGGACCUGUUUGCCAUGGGUGACCCUACCAGGGGCGUGAAGCCCCAGACAACUUAGCUCCUAGGAUCACUGGGGCACACAAACUCCUCCACCACGAUAAGGUGACGACUCAGGGAGGGGCUUCACUCUAUUAAAUUAAAAUGGAUAUUAGUGGGGGGAAUCUUAUGCAUCUGGUGCGAUACUGCUCAUAAUACAGAGUUUAUGGCCGCAUUAGUUUUACAACUGAAUUACAGCUCUGUAAUUCACCUUAUAAAUAAAUAAAACCAACAGGGUCUGUAGGAUCUGGUCUUGCUAAAUCACAACUGGGAAUCAUUUUACAUUUUGAACAUGUUUCAGUUUGUCAUUAAUGAAGUGCUUAAUGUUUGUUUUUUUUUCUUCUUCUUUUUUUCAAUUUUCUACUAAACUCUCGUGACAAAACUUUCCCAUUGACUCCCUGUGAAAUGCUCAGUCAGUAACACUGUACCCAACGCUACACACGCACACAUACUACACAAACACUGUAUGUAUCAAACCUAGUCUGCAGCCUUGUAUAAGCUUUUAUCCACACACUUUAUUGUGUACAAUUGUAUAAUGGGCAUUCAGAUGACUAUUUUUCUAUGUAUUUCUAUAUCUACACACACACAUAUCUAUACAUAAUCAGUGCUCCUUGGUGUGAAGCUAAGUUUCUUUUGUUUUGAUGUAAUUGAUUGUGGUACCAGUGUGUCUCCAACGGCGGUUAAAAAAAAACAAAAACAAAAAAAAAACUGAAAAGCUUAAGACAAAAUUAGACCCCCAAUGAGUGAACUGUGUUUGGUGUGCAUGCUUGCACAAUUUUCUAGCAGUUGUCAAUCAUUAUUCAGUUCAUUCUUGAACGAAUUACCCGCAUUUGCAUGUUCCCUCGUUAGGAGAAUAGACGUUGCAUCCCGACAAGUGACCAAACCACCAAAUAACUGUUCUUGUCUUUGUGGGGCGCGACCCUCAACAUGCAACCUUCUUUGUGUUGAUGUGGCUGGUCCACGCAAUGAAAAAUGCUACAAUGAGCCCCGUUCACCCUGUUAGACUGGAUUGACACUACAGGCCCAAGUCCCCAUUUCCAAUUUAAUGCCUGUAUUCUGAUUUGACACUGACAACAUGGUAGAAAAACAAAAUACAGAAAUAAUACAAAUAAAUUGAGGAAAAAACACGAUACCUAUUCUACUGCUCUUCUCAUGAUUAAUGUUCCAUUUGUGCUAUUUAUGUUGAUUUUUUUUUUUAGGGCAAAUGACGUCAUUUGAAACAGUAGAGUAAUUUUGACACGUCGACUUGGCAAACCCCGUGGAAUUUCAGCCCAUACAAGCUCAUUUGUGGAUAUUUUCUAUUUAAACUUGUCAGCCAAUCAGAAAAGGGGUUUUCUGAAUAGCAGAUCAAACGAAAGGUUCGAGGAGAUCCGUUGAGAAAUCAUCACGUUACACUGUUUUAUUCAAAUUUGAAGGCAUUUUUGGACCAGACUUUCCAUAACAUUUUCCAUUUUUGUGACAUAACACAAAAAAGUUCCCGAAAAAGGCCAUUUUGUCAGUUUCUCAGGAACCCAUCAUCUGAUUUUUGUAAUUCUUUGUGCGUUGUACUCAUGUUAACGUGAACAUUCCAACCACACUCAGCAUUUUCACAGACUGUAUUUUUGUGGGAGACCUUGACGUGUUACUCAUUUAAAUGAGGGUAAACUCCAUAUUACUCAACUGGCAUGGCAUCUGCUUCGCCUUUUUAUGAUGGCUACACCUAUAUGGUAGUACUAUAUAUUUAGACCAUAUGUUAUUGUCUGUUUUCAAUCUAGAUUGACAGUGGUGUUUUUUUUAUUUAUUGAUUUAACUCGUUUGUGUUUGGGCAAAUUGAGAUGUGUGUACAUCACCAGUUUGUAUUUCGAUGAUGUAUCUGGCAUUGAGGGGUGUAUCCAAUCUGUGCAUUUACGCUGCACUCACAUUGGUUGAUAUGCGAUACAUCUGAUGUAUUUUUUUUUUUAUCCACAGAAACCUAAUUCUGAGCUGACAAAUUUUCAUUUUUACGCUGCCAAUCCCAAUUGUGCCACUUGAGAGCAAAAAAUUGGAAAAUAAUCCCUAUCCUGCCCCAUCUAAUAACGCUAAUUUAAUUUUAGGUAUCAUUUGAAAGUGACAAGAAUAGCCAAUCAGAGAGUAGACAGAGCUAGAAGGCGUGACCAAAGACUGUCAAUCAUUUGCCAUGCACUCCCAUUUACUGUGCACUCAAGCCGCCACACACAGCAGCCUCUUGCAAAAGGAGAUUUAUAGUUUUUUGGCCGGAAUAUUUAACUCCAGUUAGCAACGAAAGUUAAAAAGAAGGAAUUUGGAUAGCUCUCGAGACAAAACAAGGGUAAACAUUUAAUGGUGGUGUUCUACACUCAGGCAGUCUAGCCACCCACCGCCAUCGUCUUCAUUGAGUCGAGAGGUACGUUUAGCACUUCUUAUAUUUUUGAUUGAUUGUAAAUUCCCAAAAAUACAACAAAAUCCGCUAUCAAUGGCUAAGAUCGGCUUAUUUACUGUUCACAUUUGUACUUGUUCACAUUGGUGAGGUGCGCAGCUUUGGUAAUAGACGCAAAGGGGGGAAAGAAGUGAGGCUACAUUGAAAUCUUGCUAGCAGUUUGAAAACCUAAAACUCCACCUUUAAAACUAUAAUAAGAAGAAAAAAAAAUCUAACACAUAAAUUCAUUCCAUAAAUUCUCAACGUGCUCUGGAGAAAGAAAAACAAACCUGCCUCAGCUACCAUUUGCAUGCACUGCUGCACAACAUACGAAACCAGGUGUGGGCAACUAAUUUGGUGCCAUACGAUAAACUGGAAUGGUUAUCAAGGGCCACACCAACAUGCUAACUUCAAUUGUAAUCAAUAGUCAUUUGUUUUUACUACUUGUGUAGAUAUAUAGUAUAAUAAGGUGAAUAACAUGACAUGUUAAUUAUACAUUAGAACAAGUCAUAUGGAAAUAAAAAAAUAAUAAAUACACAAUGUAUUAACAUUGCAACACUAUUUAAUCCAUCCAUUCAUAUUCCGUACCGCUUAUCCUCACUGGGGUCGCAGGCAUGCUGGAGCCUAAAGAUUCACAAAAAGGUCUACGAUUUUUUUUUUUCUACACUGUACUGUGGUGACCCACAAGAGGGAGACAUUUCACCAGGGACGUGUGGCUUCAAGGGAGGGGCAGGAGAUGAAAGUAAAAAGAAGUUCUUGGCUUCAAGGGGAGUGGUUGACUGAUGUAAAAGCACUCAGUUUGUAUACGGAUAGCAAAGUGACAUGACUGGUUCUCGUGUCCUUGUCCUGUUAUUAACUGCAUCUCCACAGUACUGUAUUUUUAAAGAGUGGCGAGCUGACCUUAUGUGCGCCAACCACUAUCUCAUGGUAGCCAUUCCUGGUUGUCUCCCAAAUGAUUAUCAGGGUAAAUCACCUUGGUCCGCUUACCUUCACUGGAGGAAAUAAAGUUGCAAAGAUGAGGACGACUGUUGGCAUUGUCACAGUUUUUUUUUUUUUUUUUUUAAUUAGUCGAUAAUGUGGUCACUAAAUACAGCAACAAUGUUGCUGAGUUGGCUCUUGCUCGCUUGACCCUGCCACAUUCAUGCAAAUCAAAGUAAAAGCACCGCAUUUCUUUACGUCUAGAGGCCUUUUCACACUGGACUUGGUUUUCUUGGUGUUUACUGCGGGCCGGGGCGCUUAUGAUGGCUCCCCAGUGCAAGCUUGCCCAUAUUUGGAAGUGGUUGCCUAGCAGUCUACCAGAAAGUAGUCUGAAGGAUUUUCCUGCUGGUUUGGAUUUGAAGUAGACCUGGAUUAACGUGUUUGAGAUCUCUGUCCAUCGCUAUGCCUUUUUCUCAGGACACUUGGACACCUUCCAAAUACAGGCAAGAUUGCCCGCCGUGCAGGGCGCCGUCGUACCUGCGCCCUGCCCCGCGGUGAACACCAAGAAAACCAAGUGCCGUGUGAAUAGGCUUUUAUUUUGACCUUAUACAAUACAGUAUAGUAACUAUAUGCUGCAUACAAUGCAAGUCUCCUGUGUGUAAAAUUACUGCUCAGUCAAGACCAGCAAAAAUGUCUAAAGUUCAUUUAUCAUCAUUAUUUUAGAUGUUACAUGCAUUCCGGACUUUCUAUCUUUGUGUGGUGCAGCAUUUAUGUAUGGACAAUCCCCCCCCCCCCAAAAAAAAAAAAACUGGCAAUUUGAGCCACAGAAGACAUGGUGGCCCACACAAGAAGGUUGAAAACUAUGCUCCUCAAACAUAAAAACAACCUUGUGCGUGUACUUUUUUUUAGGUUUAUCCAUCAUGAGAACUACUAUAUGGUGCAUACAAUGCAAGUCUCCUUCCUGUGUGUGUAACAAACUCCCAACACUAAACCUCUUCAUUCGCCUCAUGAUGUGCACUAUUAGAAAGUGUUGAGCCAAGGGACACAUUUUAAACCAAGGUGCGUUGCAAUACAUGAGGUACUCUCUCUGUGUCGGCUUCACGCUUUUGUGUUUUACGUGAUGAAAUGCUUUGUAACAAUGCACUUUUUUUGUGUGAGUGAGUGGAAAUCCAUAUUAUUUACACCUAUACUCCCUAUAAUCAGAUUUGGUGGUUAACCCAUUAUGGUGACUUAAUAUAUUUUUCACUACAGUGUGAUGGCUUUAGAAAAGUUCCAAAAUCUAAUCUUUAAUUAGGUCUUGGUCUGAUUCAGUGUUGAUUGUAAGCUACAUUCCUUGCCAAAAAAAAAAUAAUAAUAAUCUUGCAUCAUAAUUAUUGCUUUGAAUGCCCCUCGGCUAAACACGGUUUAUCUGUGCGUGUGUGUAUGUGUGCUGAAAGCAUUCAGUACCUGAAGUAACAAGUGAAUGUAUAACUGUUGAUCAUUGGUGCAAUUGUGCAAGAAAAAAAAUGUUUAAAAAAAAAUAUAUAUACAUGAUCUCAAGCUCUUUGUCUUAUUUUACACUGCCAAUCAAAUGGUGACUCUUCAGGAAGGCAUUUUUCAGGGGGCUCUUCUUUCUGGCUGAUGUGUGUCUACUAAUAAAUUUGUCUUUAGCAUUUUUAAA